AUGUGUCCCCCAGUCAGUGUCCGCCAUGGCGACAAGGGCAUGUCCUGCCUCUAUGCAGCCUGGCUGUACCAGCUUGUCCAUGGAGACCAGAUGAAGAUCUGCUUUGCUUGCUUCAAGGCAGCGUUCCUGGUUGUUAAAAACAUGCUGGAGAUAGGAGACUGGGAAGAGGAAGGGGGCGAUGCUGAGCCCAUGGAGCUCUCGGCGGCCGGGUCCGAGCCUGCGGAGUGGCCAGGGCAUCUGCCACACGGCGGCCCGGCACCAGGUCCUGUGGGAACAGGAGGGAUAGGGCUGGGACCCCAGCCUGUGCCCACUGAGCUGGGGCCUCAGGAAGUUGUACCCCUGGAUCUGGGCCCAGAGGAUGCUGAGUGGACCCAGGCCCUUCCCUGGAGGUUUGAUGGCCUUUCUCCCUGCUCCCACUGGCUCAUCCCUCCUCUGUCCUGGUGGGAUGUUUUCAAUGAGAGCCCAUCUCCCGGGCAGCCUGUGUUGUUGGAGCUGAGCCCCACCUGGCCCAUGGACCCAUUGGAAGCAGAGACUUGGUUGGUAGACCUGAAGUUUGCUUUGCUGUUGGGUGGCUUUGAUGCUGUCUGCUACCUGCUGUCAAUGACUCCCUGCUGGGCUGUGAGAACCCGUGUCCAGCGCUGGCAGAUGUUGCUGGACCCUGGUGAGGUGAGGGUGGCCCAGCUGCAGAGUGCACCUGAACAGCAGGACCUGCAGCGCUGGAAACUGAGCAUCCUGGAGUCCUCGGAGCUGGGAGUGGAGCUGGUGCCCGCCGACUGCAGCCUGCAGAAGGGCGGCUUCAGGGUGCACUCCUACCUGCCCUGGCACAACAGCACCCCAGAUGCCUGGAGCAGGGAGCCAGGGGAGAGGCUCCUUGUCACAGAAGUUGUGUCCCUGAGGGAGUUGCCUUGCUUCCGUUCCCCCUCACCUGAGCCAGAGAGCUAA